AUCGGUGACGACGAAUUUGAGUUUGCCGGACGGACGCGACACUGACGGCGAGCUGCACUGAAACGGCACUGUGCUGGAUAGGUGUGAAUGCGCGCAUAGAAAACGAAUGAAAUAAUAUCAGUAUCCGUGCACGGUGUUGUGCCGGCACUGAACCGGACCGGAUAUGUGUGAAUAGUCCUUUAUGAACUUAAUAAAAAAAAAAAACAUCAAACCGAUACAGAGCGAACAGAAAACGUAUUUUGUAAAUGGGCUAAAAUCACACAAAGUUUUAUUUCAGUAAAAUGGAAUUUUGUCUUGCACGAGAUGAGAUACCAAAUGAGCAAGAACCAGAAAACAUUCCUGUAGCCUUUUGCUCAUCAUCCGAUCCAACAAUCGGUUCCCCAAUAAAACUCGAAUAUCAGAUAUGUGAUAAGGAAUUCACACAGGAAAGUGAUCUCCAUAAAGACGUCUUAGUAGCUGAAGGGGAACAGGUUUAUACUUGCGAAAUUUGCGGUGAACAAUUUUCUUUGAAGAAAGCCUUGAAGAAGCAUAUGAUCAUUCAUACUGAAGACAAACAGUUUAAGUGUAAUGUGUGCGGCAAAGGAUUCCAGUAUUAUCAGCUAUUAAAGGACCAUACAAAUAUUCACACUGGAGAGCGUCCGUACAAUUGCACUACAUGCGAAAAAAAAUUCUCGUCUAAAAAUAUGCUUAUUAAUCACAUGCGCACUCACACAAGCCAGCGUUCGUACAAAUGCAGUGUAUGCGGAAAAGAAUUUGCCAUUAAGGAUUACCUAGCUAGACACAUGUCUAUUCAUCAAAGUGAUUACAAACAUAAGUGCGAAGUGUGUGGCAAAGCCUUUUAUAAUGGUGCUAACUUCGCGAGACACCAACGCAUUCAUAUGAAUCAGAUGUUUAAAUGCACAAUAUGCGAGAAAGAUUUUUCCAAUAAGUAUUCUUUCAGCAGACACAUGAAAAUUCAUGCGACCGGUUACGAUUAUAAGUGUGAUGUUUGCGGCAGAGGAUUCCAGAGCAAAUUACGCUUGAAAGACCAUGAAAACAGUCAUACAGGAGAGCGACCGUACAAAUGCACUGUAUGUGGAACAGAUUUCGCGACUCAAUCUGCCCUUUCCAGACACGGAUUUAUUCACGAAAAGGAUUACAAGUACAAGUGUGAAGUAUGUGGUAAAGGCAUGAAUGAUAGAUCUAGCUUCGUGAGACACAAACGCGUUCAUACGAACGAAAAGUAUAAAUGCACCAUAUGCGAGAAAGAUUUUUCCACUAAGUAUUAUCUCAUCACACACAUGAAAAUUCAUGUGGAUGAUUACGAGCAUAAGUGUGAUGUGUGCGGCAAAGGAUUCAUCUUCAAAUCAUUCUUGAAAGACCACGAACAUAUUCACACAGGUGAACGGCCUUACAAAUGCACUGUAUGUGGGAAAGACUUUCAUCAGAAAAGAAAACUUUCUUUACACAUGCACCAUCACACAAAUGAGCGACCGUACAAAUGCACCGUAUGUGGAAAAGAUUUUACUACUAAGUAUUACCUUAAUAAGCACAUGCUUAGCCACAGGGCAUUAGUGUGAUGUGGAGGUAAUGUAUUUGACAUUACAAACGCAUACCGAACCUUAGCAUAUGAAUAAUAUUCAAGGCGAACAUAAUCUGACUGGACACAUGUGCACAGAUAAUUUAAAGGGUCUCAAAUCCGUUCCUACAAAUAAGUGCCCGUUAAAAAAAAGCAUCUGAAAAAUAUUUAUUUGAAGCUGCAUUUUCGCAGUCAUAAAACUUUCUCGGCUGAUUGUGAAAUACAUUAUUUUUAUUGAUUUAUUUAGCUAAGGCUUUAACCAAUGGGUCAUUCGCCGGGGGCUGACGACUGAAAUACAUUUCAUUUCGAGAAUCUAGUUUUGAUAGUUGGUUUGUUUUGUCUCUAGAGGGGAAUACGUUCGUUGGUUGGAGCAUGUUGCGGUAUGAUGAGUGCUCACUUCAGCCAGGUCGAGGUGAAACAUCCUCUAACCUGAUUGAGCAUUAAAAUCAUGGUCACUAUAAGAGCAAAUUCAGCAGCUGCAAGUUUCAUAAGGGUGGUCUAUAUGCCCCGUUUACACUUCUGCUGGCUGCCAGCAUGCUGGUGUCAGUGUACUGCCCUCUUAGGAAAAAAACGUUCAACGGUGGUCCUUCGUUGGUCUAAUACUUUGGAUCAUUAGACCACAGUUGAACGUUUUUUCCUAAGAGGGCAGUACACUGACACCAGCAUGCUGGCAGGCAGCAGAAGUGUAAACGGGGCAAUAAUGUAAAUGAAACUGAAACAAACGUAUCCCCAGCAAUCCGUUUUAGUUUUAUUUAUUCGACCAGUUCUACUGUCAAAUUUAAAACUGGUAUACAUUGCCGUUCUAUUUUUUCU